AGCAUUUAAAUGAAUUUUAAUUUAAAAAACAUAGCAGGAGUUUUGUAAAUAUAAAAAUAAAUGCAGAUUUUAGGAGCGAGCUGGUCGUUAUGUCGGUGUUUUAGACACGCUUCGUCUUAGCAGGAAAAAAAGAAACGCAGCGUUUAACAAGCUAACGCAUGCUAGCAUUAGCUCCCCUUCAAGUCCCAUGAGCUGUCAGCAGCACAAGAUGUGGAGAUGUUUACAGCAAGUUUCUCAGCAGAGCAACAGAGAGAGCUGGCGAAAAGACUCACCACGUUUCUGUCUCAGUACAGGCAUCUAUCCGACUCCUACAUAAUUGAGUUCUUCACUGAAGAUCUCUGGCACACUUUACCCAGCAGCUGGCAGGCUGUGUUGCAGGACUUGUCCUAUCCACAGAUUGCAGACCUAUUUUUAGAUGCCACCCAUGAAGACAGGAGAUAUCCUUCGGUGUGGCCGCUGUCCCUCUUGGCUUUCCGUGCCACAGCUCAUGCCCUGGCGUUCCCCAGAGAGUCCAUUCAUGAGCAAGGCAGGGUUGCCGGUUUGGUGAAGCCUGAGGAGUUCCAGGAAAACCAGAGUCAGAGCUCACUACUGGGGCACAUAUUCAGGAAACACGUUAAACCCAAGAAGCAGCACGAGAUUCGCAAGCUAGGCAUGCUGGUGAAACAGCUUUGUGACCAGACUGAGUGCAGCAGAGUGGUUGACGUUGGCUCCGGACAGGGCCAUCUGACUCGUUUCCUGUCCUUUGGGCUCGGACUGUCCGUCACUGCCAUUGAGGCUGAUCACACCCUUGUUACUAUGGCGUCCAGGUUUGACGGACAGUUAAUCUGGGCGUUGGAGAAGGAAAAUCAGAAGAAGAACUGCACCUCUCAGCUCCCAAUUUCUCAGUCCUCUCCCCGCCACGUGGCUGGCUGGGUGAACCCCAAGGCACCAUGGGAGGCUUUCAUAAAGCAACUAAGUGCUACAGGAUGUGUCAGCGAAGGUUCCUCAACCCCAUCUGGACCCAGCAAAAAGAGACUGCGGGGCUCUAAGCGUCAGGGGCGCUCUCGUGACCUCCAGGCUUCACCAUCUCAUGGCUCCACGCGUUCUGAUGCUCAUUCACAAGACUCAAGUAAGAAUGAGUCUGAAGACGAGUUAUCUAAUGAAAACUGCUGCUCAUGCAUCCAGCCUGUUCAUCAGCAGGAUGUCAACCCUGAGGAAAGCAGCCUACAAGGUUACCCAGACUUCAUCCUGACUGGUCUCCACGCCUGCGGAGACCUCAGCACCACCCUCCUCCGCCACUUUGUCAACUGCCCACAUGUUCGCGGCAUCACUUCUGUUGCGUGUUGCUACAUGAAAAUCACAACCAAAGAAAACCCCGCCCCUCCAGGACUGGUCGUAUCUUCCGCUCCAGUGACACCGGGCCACGAGUCUGUUCCCUCAGAGUUUGGCUACCCGAUGAGCUCGUGGGUGCGUGGGUUGCCGGGACAUCAGCUGUCCUAUAAGGCGCGAGAGGCGGCGUGUCAUGCCGUGGAGGAUUACAUACGGAGGCUCAGAGAGGAAAGCGAGUUACUGAGGACACACUGUUACCGGGCAACGCUGGAGACCUUCAUCAGGGAUACGAGGCCAGAGCUACGCAGGGCAGGAAUCCAGACCAUUAAGAAAGCCCACUUAUUACCUUUUACAGAAUACGCCCGUCUGGGUCUGGCUCGGGUCGGCCUGCCUCCCGACUUGCCCCUGGACCCUGAGCAGGUGGAGGCCAUGCUGAAGCAGCAGGGCAGGGUGGUGGUGUACUUCAGCCUGGCCCUGCUGCUGGCUCCUGUGGUGGAGACGCUGGUGCUGCUGGACAGGAUGAUCUACCUGCAGGAGAAGGGUGUGGACAGUCAGCUGGUGCCUCUCUUCGACCCAAACUUUUCUCCAAGAAACUUUGUGCUGGUGGCUCUGAAACCUUGUGGAUAGAGUGGACAAAAAGACCCACCAAGUCGCUCUUGGUUUCUUGGGGAUAUGAAAUCAUGAACAUUAAGGGAUUUUUGUUUUCUGGCUUUUAUUCAUCAUCUUAGCUGCAGAUGUGUUUUUUCCUCCAUGAGUCCAUGUCUUCGUAGCGGUGGAACUCUUCAGAUCUCAAGCUUCACUGUGAUGCAGAAACAUGCUGGAAAAUUAGGACUGUUUUUCGUUCCAAAACGGGCACUUAGUUCUGUUUCCAUGAGCUUGAUGAACAGUGAAUCUAUAAAGUGGCUUUAAGUCCAUCUAAACAUCAUGUUCUUGACUUCAUACAUGUCACACUGGUUUUCACUCAGAGUCUUCAAGAUAGCACAGAAGCAAUCGAGUGUUUCGCUCUGUUUUUUUUAUUGCAUGGUCGUCUCUCUGCAUAUACAAACAUGUUUGGGGGUUUUUGCUUGUUUUUUUAAAUUGUAUUUUAUUACUUUUGUCAUUUUAUGAAGCACUAUGGGACAAUCGUGCUUUUUAUGUCUGCACCUCAAAGCAAUAAAAACAACUUGUGCUUUUAA